UACUUCCUGCAUUUUGUGAGAGAAGAGGAGAGCAAUGACUUGAGCACCUUUACUUUUUUUUUUGUUGUUCUUUUGCCAAGGGGGGUCCACAUAGGCGAUCACGUCACCACUAGACAAGAGGAAAGGACCAUAGUGCUGGACACUGUUUGAUUUACGAGAGAGCUUCUUGUGCUUGAACAGCGACUGUGAGGACAAGACUGGAAGAAAGAGGAGGGGAAAGAUAAGUGUCAAUCUGUUGAGACUUGUUUGGGAAUUUGAGAAAGGAGGGGAGGUGGAGAGAGAGAGAGGCAGCAAGAAGGAAAAGUGAGGAGAGCUCAGGCGUAAACAUUAACUUUUCAAAAGAGUUUAAGCCUGGAGAAAAAAAAAGAAACAGGCAGCUGAGAUAUAUUUGAAAAAAGGAGGACGUUUGUAACAAUAUGCCGACAAUGUGAAUUCAAGGAAUGAAAAUUUAUGUGUUGUGCAAUCUCAUGUUUUUGAGCUUAUCUGGACAGAGGAGGGGGGAGGCAAGAUCUCCCCGGGAUACUACGUUCAGGUUCUCCAAAAUAUGAUACUAUGGGGACCAAAAGGCCCAGCUACGCCUUCUUUGACACCUUAUCUAACAUAAACAUGUCUGACCGCAAACUUCAGCCUGGUGGUAAAAUCUCCCGCGAUCCAAGUCCCAGGCCAACGUCAAUUGCCCACUCCGAGCGAGACAGAGACAGCACCCGAGAGGAAAGCCAGUGGAGGGACAUGGGUGGAGAAAGGAGAGACAAAGCGAGAUAUAAAGACAUGAACAAGCUGGAGAGAUACUACGAAAGAGACAGGACUCUUACACCAAGGCAGAGGGAGGGAGAAAGAGAGUGGAGGGAGAGGGAAAGGAGGCAAGAAGAUGACAGGGGCAGAAAUGGGAGGCUGCUGUCAAAUGUAGAGAAGGAGAGUGAGCAAGAGGUGAAAAGGGGCCCGAAGAAAGGUGAUACAUUUCCCAGAAUGAGAAAAGGUGGCGCAGAUCACGGCAGUAGAAUGAUGCCCACUAUAGAGUUAGCUGAAAAAAGGGAGGCACGGGGGCAGAGGGACAGGACCCAAAGGACGGAGGCAGAUGAGUGGGAGAGGGAGAGGGAAAGAGAGAGGGAGUGGAAGAGAGAGAGGUACAGAGAGAGGGAUAGAGAACGAAGCAGGGCUAAGGAAGGAGUAAGGAACCAGGGAGACAUGCCUGUAGAAGAUGAGAAAUCACGACAGAGGGUUAGAUAUCAGGAGUCUGACGUUGGGUUUCCAGACAGGAGACGAGAAGGGGCUGAUCUGUGGGACAUAAGAGAAAGAGACGUAGACAGAAGAAGAGAUAGGCCGAGGCUUAACAUGAGCGAGAGGGAGGCCCGGAUACCUUCCCCGCAAAGACGAAGGGACAAUGAGGUCUACACAGAUAGAAAGGAGAGGGAAAAGGCACAAAGGAGAGAGAGAACAAGGGACACGAGGAGCGAAGGAGAUAGCGAUGAGAGAGACCUGAGGAGGGAAAGAGUGAGGAAGAGAGAAAGGGACGAAGUCACAUAUCAACACAGCAGAAGUGAGGGGGACAACAAAGACGCCACAGGAAGAGAGAGAGACCCAGGUAGGCAAGGAUACAGAGACGAGGACAGGCACAGAUACAGAGACAGAGACGGGGAUAGAUACAGGAGGCGGGGUGACAGGGACAGGGAAAAUGAAAGGUACAGAGAUGAAGGGGGCAGAUGGAAAGAAAGAGACUAUAAGGAUGACAGAGCGUGGACAAAUGACAGUAGAGAGGACGAUCGAUACAGAGACUACAGGCAGAAAAGAGACAGGGAAAGAGAUCCUAGAGUGGAUAACACAACAGGCAGAAGCAGCCGAUCCCAGAACGCGUCUCCUCGCAGGGUGCCCCCUCGAUCCCAUAGCAGUGGAGAGUGGAGCAGCGACGUGGACAGUGAGACACGAAACAGAAGAGACCCAGACCACUAUGAGGAGAGGGAAUCAAGGAAAAGGGACACGGCUGAAGAAAGACACAAAGCACAGAGAGAUACAGAGAGCACUGGUGGAGGAAGGCAAAAUGAGAGACAAGAGAAUGAAAUGACUGGCAGUGUGCCAGAGCAGAGGAGGAUGUGGUUAGAGCCACAGAGGGGCAAAAAUAGUAUUCAGGGUUUUGUAGACAGAGAAAGACACACGAGGCAGAAAGAAAGCAGGAGAGGAGAAGAGGAGAGUUUGGAGCCAAUGUCAGAGAGGGGAACAUACAUGCGAGGAAAAGAGGAACCGGAGGAGAGACACUCUGACCAAAGCAGUUCCAGAGAAAGGCAAGGAGGCAGAAACAAGUACAGGGACACAGAGGGAGUAAGUGUGGAUGAAGAGGAGGAGGGUGAAACCUGGAGAGAGUCGGGUAAGGGAGGGAGGGGGCAGCUUUCUGACAGUGAUGGAGGGAUAGAGAGAGGUCGAUGGAGGGAUGCAGAGGGAGAGUAUAUGACAGCGGAGAGUGACAGAGAGGAAGAGGGUGGGAGUGAUUACUGGCCCCGCUCUGAGAGCGAAGGAGGAAGUGAGGCAGGGUGGAAGCAGCACAAAGAAAGAAUGUUAUCGGGAGAAGACGGCUUUGUGACCGUGUCCAGUGGUGGCGACGAGGAAGAUGAGAGAGAGAACGGCGAAGAGGAGUUUGAGGACUGUCAGGAAUUCUGGGAAGCCGGAGAUGCAAAAAAGGACCCCUCACCUGUUGGCUUCAGGGGCUGUGAGGGGGAUGUUGAACAGGAAGAAGAGUGGACCACGGGGAAGGAGGAGACGGUGGAUGUGGAGGAAGGCGGGAAGGAACAGAAGUCAAAGUUAGUUUUCUGUCUGAUUGGGCAAACCUCAAAAAGCGAUGAGGUGUCAUUGUCACAAGCUCAUCAGAUGGGAGGCGUGGGAGACGGUUCAAAUAUAGACAUUCAUCUUCCCUGUAGUGAUGACAGCACACAGCAACCUCAGGAUGACCUGCAUCUCACAUUGAGUAAAAAGGAUGAAUACUCAGUCAUUAACAAUCAGGACACAGAGCGUGAGCAUACUGCCGUAGGAGAAACAGCUGAUAUGAGACACAAUCCAUCUUCAGAGCUCCAGGACGCCAGGCUUGGACAGGGACAGGAGAGCGAAGUGGCGAACCCGUCCUCUGUAACAGGAACAAUUAAUAGAGACUCGCAGACUGAAAGACUCCUGAAAGAAUGGAGAGAGAAAAAUAAACAAGGACAAAGAGAAAUCGAGCAAACUUCUCCAGUCCCCAGUAACCCCUAUGGAGAAUUUUGUCCUCAGAUGACUUAUGAACAAAUUCAACCCAUCUUGGAUCAGAUCAACACUGCAGCAAUGAGUCCAGAGGAAGUGGAAGCCAUCCGGAUCAGAAUGAGUGGGGCCUGGAGCAUGUCCGAUGAGCCCAAGCGCCGCUCCCAAGCUCCUCACCUCAAAUGGGCCAAAAGCGUGGUGCGGGAGAUCUUAGGGAACUCGGAGGAGGCGGUGGACGAACCAAACACGGACGAAGAAGUCAAUCUGCCUGAGAUCAACAGGCAACCAGAGGAGGUUGCAGAGGGGCCCGCGGAAAUACCAGUCGUUAAGCUGACAACAUACGAACAGAACUCAGAGCUCGAGAUGGAGGAGGAAGAGGAGUUGGAGGGAUUGAGAGGUAUGGGGCAGAGCCAAGCUGACAUGCAUACUGACCAGUCCACCGCUGUGCAUGUUGUAACAUCCACAUACACUCAUGCUGACACACAUUUAGACACAGAGGGGAAGGAAGAUGACAGAAUGGAGGAAACGACUGACGCUUAUAGUCAGCUGAAAAUGUCAGACGCAGGGGUGAAAAUGAGCGAAGAUGGAGGUGCUGAGCUGGAGUUAACGGCGGCAGAAAAAGAAGCAAGCAGACAGGAUGAAACUGAGAUGUAUCUAAGUGUGAGAAACACACUGUAUAAGCCUAGCAGCUGCCCCAUUCUUAAUUACGAAUGCGAGUCUGACCUCCCCAGCCACUCGGGAGAUGGUAAGGGGCAGGAGGUGGAAGACGCAACGGAGGAAACUGUAAAGGACAGGCAAGUAGAAGAGUGUGAAGACAGUGCUGUUGCAGUGGGGGCAGAGGAGAUGGUGGUAGGAAGCGCAGGUGAGGCAAAGAGGGGAGUAGACAAUCUGAAGAGCUCCUGCAGUUUUCGGGAUUUGGGUCCUGAAGUUCGAAUGAGAAGAAGGGGAAUCCGUAAAACAACUGAAAGAAGAAAUGGAGAGCUUAUAGAGAUGGAAGAAGAAGAAGGUGUUGGAAGGGAUCGCAGAACAAGAAUAUUCUCCUUAUCAGAUGAUGAGGACGGUCGGAGCAGAAGCUGGGGAGAAGUAGAUCUCAGGAAUGUUUUGUGCACACUCGAAAGACGGAAAAGAAAUUCAAAGUUUUUCAAUGCUGCGCAGCUCUACCAGCAGUACAGCGAGGCAGCGCAGAACAUCGAGAUCCUGCGCCAGGCUCGUUCUGAUGUCAUCUCUCUGUGCGAAGACAACACAGCCUCUCCUGCUCCGUCGCCUCCUCCUGCCCGGAGACCCCUUCCUCCAUUACCUGCAAUCCCGCACCCCCACUCCUUGUCCCACACAGGCUCCGUCACCAGUGUUAAAAGCUUGCCACUUCCUGAGCCCCCCAGGAAUGAAGGCAGGCCAUCCUCUCCGCGCCUAUCCAUUUCACUCUCACAGUCGUCCACACUGUGGCGAGAUCUCCCGGGGGUCAGGAACAGCACAGAGCUGGAGGAGAUCUCAGAGGACCAGAGGCGGCUGCAGGAGGUGAGAUUUGAAGUGGUGACUUCAGAAGCCUCCUACUGCCGGAGUUUGGACAUUGUGGUUGAACACUUUGUGAUGAACAAACAGCUGGGGUCGCUGCUGACCACUCAGGAUAAGAACUGGUUGUUCUCUCGGCUGGCGGAUGUCCGUGCAGUCAGUCACAGUUUGUUAACAAAGCUGGAGGAGCGCGUGGAAUCAGACAUCAUGCACUUUACAGUAUGUGACAUCAUCGCCCGGCACUGUCAGCGCUUCAGACUGGUUUAUGUCCCCUACCUCACCAACCAGUCCUAUCAGGAUGCCACCUACCAAAGACUCAUGAAUGAGAAUCCAGGGUUCAAGCGGACGGUGGAUGCUUUAGAGAAGAGUCACGUUUGUCAGAGACUCCCACUCCGUUCUUUCCUCGUUCUUCCUUUUCAAAGGAUCACAAGAAUUAAGCUGCUGGUCCAGAAUAUUGUGAAGAGAACUGCUCCAGGAACUCCGGAGGCGGUGCAGGCCAUCAAAGCAUUAAAACUUCUAGAAAAGCUAAUCCAAGAGAGCAAUGACAGCAUCUCUCAAAUGAAAAACAUCGAGUCCCUGGUUUCUCUCAGUGCUAAGGUGGACUUUGAGUGCAAGACUCUUCCUCUGAUCAGUCAGUCUCGGAGGUUGGUGCGAGAAGGUCCGGUCACGGAACUGAUGGAUUUCUCUCUAAAGGACACAGAGAGAAAUGUUUACUUGCACCUAUUCAAUGACUACUUGCUGCUUUCACUGCAGAAAGAAGGGGGAAAAUUCACAGUAAUCAAUCACUCCCCGGUGGAAAACCUGCGUGUAGAGAACUGCCGUGUGAAGCUUCAUUCACUGCAGAAGAACCUGUUCCGGCUGCACAUGGCCCGCAAAUCCCUCUUGCUAAGGACUGCCACACAGAGUGAUAAGCUACGAUGGAUGUCAGCCCUCUCCAGACCACAUCCUGAAAUAGAUUUUUCUGCUGCCCAAGAUUUUCCACAGAUGCAGUGUAUCCGAGCUUUUGUUGCCCAACAGCCAGAUGAGCUCUCCUUAGAAAAAGCUGAAGUUAUACUCGUGCACCAGGAAAGCAGUGGACAAGAUGACAAUUGGGCAGAGGGCACCAGACUGUCAGAUGGGCAUCGUGGAUGGGUGCCCAAGUCCCAUUUGGAAAAUAUAAGCAGCUCUAGAGUGAGACAACGCAACCUAUCAGAUGCUGUAAAACUAACGACAGCCACAGCCGCGCUGUCCGGAGAAGGCUCAGAAAUGGACUAAACGGAGGAAUGUCCUGGAUGUACCAAUAAGAGUACAACUCAACUGGACUCAAUAGAACAAUACGAAUUUAAAUGCAUUUCUAUCACUGAAAUGUUCUCAAGAGAAUAGCUGGAAUACUGAAACACUGUGAGAAUUCAUUGUACCACGAGUGUUGCUUGUAUCUCUCAGUGGAACAAUAUCUUGCUGAAAUGCAUGAACUGCUGAAGCCUGCCUGAAAGACGGUGUGGACAUAUGACUCUAUUACAGAACACUGUGUAUGAUAGUAUAUCAAUGGAUGAAUGGUGAAAUAUAUUUUUAAAGGGAAACUGCCUUUUUCCAGGAAAUGUUAUUUUUGGGAAAUGUAUUAUGUCUAUGUAAAUCUUCAUGAUUAUUACACUUGUACAGAAGAUCUUAGCUUUUAAAGGACACAUUUCAAUAACUGAGAUUCAUAGAAUAAAACACAUUAACACGUUUCCAUCAAA